UUGUAAAUAAUUAUUUUAAUAAUUAGUUUUAGUUUAGUAAAAACAAAUUUUUUAUACGUAAUUCAAUUUAUUUAUUCUAUUUUUUUUUAAAUAAUAAUGACAUGUCAUUUCCAAAACUAUUAGAAUUAAAGCAUUUGGCUACACUGCUUGCAGUGCUAUUAACUAAAGUAUGUGGGUGUUAUAAAAUUGAUACAUCGUGUAAUUUUAUGAAUAUAAACAAUGGCAGUUAAAGAAAAGCAAACGGAUACUUCUACUGACGAAAUAGAAUGGAAUAUUGAAAAUGAAAUUCAAUUAUUCUUUGCUAUGAAUGGUCAUAAACCCGUUGGUAUUAAUAAAUAUUUUCACAUGGUUUGCAUAUGGGAAAAAUUUCGUGCUGCAAUUCACAAGGAUGUAUCAUUAAAAACAAUUUGGGAACAUUUAGAAUCAAUGUAUGAUCUAAUGGCUCUGGAUGAUAUGGAAGAUUUACCAUUUCCCAGUCAAGAAAUAGAUUUUUCUUUACCAGAACAAGAAUUUUUGGGACCAAUUAAAUCUCGAAAAAGAGAAGAACCAGAAUUAAAACUAAAAGAACAAAGAGAUAAAUUUAAAGAAAUUAAGAAAGAAAAAGAUUUUAAAGAUAUUAUGAAAAAAGAUACUGUUCUUCGUGAUCUUAAAGGAAGUAAAGAUAUUGAUAAAAAAAAGGAAGAAUUUAAAAAAUAUGUAAAAGACAUAGAACUCAAAAAAGAUAAACUCAGAGAAAUUAAAGAUAUUAGGAAAGACUAUAAAUCUCCUAAAGGACGAUCAAGGAAGGAUGAUGUUGAAGAAAUAGCUUCAAAUGGUAAGAAGGAACGUAAAGAUUCUGAUUCUGGUCGUGAAAGUUUAAAGAGAGGACCAAAACGACCAACAAGACAAAGUGUGGAUAGCACAUCUAAAGCAUCCUCUAGUCCACGUGAUACACCUCCACCAAAACGAAGGAGAAUAUAACAAUUUGUAAAGUUAUUAUAUGUAUAUUAUAUAAAUAUUGUUUGAAUUUUAAUAUAUGAACAAAAUGAAUCGUGUA